AUGGGUUUGAGUCGAGAAGGUUCGUUGAUUUUUUUAGUUUUCUUAAAAUUGGUAUACAAGGUGGAACAUUCUAAUGGAAUUGGCCCCAAAUUUCAGAGGUUGAAAAGCUUUUGGAGCCAAUUGAAAGCCGGCUUGAUGAAGGGCUCGAGAAACAAGAUGCGGCUCAAGCUGCCUCGUGCUAUACAGACAACGCUGUUUUAGUUCAUCUGGGGAAGAAUGCGGUUACAACGAGAGCAGGUAAUCUCUGCAGGAUAACCUGAAACUGAUCUUAAAAAUUUCAGCGAUUGAAGCCCGUUACAAAGAAUUCUUAACACCUGAUUUUGGCAAAAUAAUAACGGAGAAAACGGCGGCUUACGACGUCAACGACGGGGAAUUUUUGCUGAGGAAGGGACGGUAUCAAAUGGGCAAAGAUCAGCCCUGGUUCAAAUACAUGCAACUUUUUGAACGGCAACCAGAUGGAAAGUAUCUCGUUCUGCACGAUGAAUUUGAAUUUAACUAA